AACCCAUUCCCUGCAAAUUUCCUUAUAUAUAAUCAUCUGCCCUAAGCACAUUCUUUGAAGUUGUACAAGUAGUAGUAGUAGUACAUUGGAAAGUCCAGAAUCAUGGCUAGAGAGAGGGAUCUCCUGUCCACAGAGAUUGUUAACCGUGGGAUCGAGUCUUCAGGACCCAAUGCAGGCUCCCUGACGUUUUCUGUUCGGGUAAGGAGGAGGUUGCCCGAUUUUCUCCAGUCAGUAAACCUCAAGUAUGUGAAGUUGGGUUACCACUACCUCAUCAAUCAUGCCAUCUACUUGGCCACCAUUCCUGUUCUUGUGCUUGUGUUCAGUGCUGAGGUUGGAAGCCUCAGCAGGGAAGAGCUCUGGAGAAAGCUAUGGGAAGAUGCUCGCUAUGACCUCGCAACUGUGCUUGCUUUCUUUGGCGUUUUUGUCUUCACACUCUCUGUUUACUUCAUGUCUCGCCCCAGGUCCAUCUAUCUCAUUGAUUUUGCUUGCUAUAAGCCUGAUGAUGAUCUCAAGGUGACUAAGGAUCAGUUCAUAGAUUUGGCUCGUAGGACAGGCAAGUUUGAUGAGGCAAGUUUGGAAUUCCAGAAGAGAAUUCUGCAUUCCUCAGGAAUUGGGGAUGAGACCUACAUUCCCAAAGCCAUUAUGGCUCAGGAGAACUGUGCGACAAUGAAAGAGGGUCGUGCAGAAGCUUCAAUGGUGAUGUUUGGUGCUCUUGAUGAGCUGUUUGAGAAGACCAGGAUCCGGCCCAAGGAUGUAGGGGUCCUGGUGGUCAACUGCAGCAUCUUCAACCCAACACCAUCCCUCUCGGCCAUGAUUAUCAAUCAUUACAAGAUGAGAGGUAACAUUCUGAGCUACAAUCUGGGAGGCAUGGGUUGCAGUGCUGGGAUUAUAGCCAUGGAUCUGGCUCGUGACAUGCUCCAAGCCAACCCGAAUAACUAUGCUGUGGUGGUUAGUACUGAGAUGGUUGGCUACAAUUGGUACUCUGGCAAGGACCGGUCUAUGCUCAUCCCAAACUGCUUUUUUAGGAUGGGUUGCUCUGCAAUCCUCUUGUCAAACAGGAGGCGUGACUACCCACGUUCUAAGUACCGGCUUGAACACAUUGUUCGAACCCACAAAGGUGCUGAUGAUCGCAGUUUCAGGUGUGUAUACCAAGAAGAAGAUGAGGAAAAGCACAAGGGACUAAAGGUGAGCAAAGAUCUGGUUGAAAUAGGAGGAGAAGCCUUGAAAGCCAACAUCACCACUCUAGGGCCUCUGGUGCUACCUUUCUCAGAGCAACUCCUCUUCUUUGCAACCCUUGUGUGGGGCCACUUGUUCGGGAGCAAGAAGAAGCAGAAAGGCAGUGGCGGUGGAGGAGCCCAUCCAUUAUUAGCGGCGUCUUCAAAGCCGUACAUCCCGGACUACAAGCUGGCUUUUGAGCACUUCUGUGUUCACGCUGCCAGCAAGACAGUGCUGGAUGAACUGCAGAGGAACCUGGAAUUGAGCGACAAGAACGUUGAAGCAUCGAGGAUGACACUUCACAGGUUUGGGAACACGUCCAGCAGCAGCAUAUGGUAUGAGCUGGCUUACCUGGAAGCGAAAGAGAUGGUGAGGAGAGGGGACAGGGUGUGGCAGCUGUCGUUCGGCUCCGGUUUCAAGUGCAACAGCCUGGUGUGGAAGGCAAUGAGGCGCGUGAAGAAACCUUCCAGGAAUCCCUGGCUUGAUUGCGUUGACAGAUAUCCUUUCCAAGCUUAGAAACUGCGAAAAGAAAGGGGAAGCUGGUGAGGGAAAUGAUGCAAGUGACUAUUGCAUUAAAGCAUAUUCUUGAGAAGGACACAAAUGGGUUUGGAUUCGUUUUCUUUUUAAACUAAACUUGUUAUGAGCAACUAGAGCUUGCUGCUCUUUUAUUCUUGUUUUUGUUUUUCUACCCUGGAUUUGGACCUAAAACAAGCAAACCCAGCAGUGGAGGGUAUUUACCAGAAGGGGGAACCUGCCCUUGUGAGUAUCUAAGAAAUUCCAAUUCUGCUGUUGCAUCGUGGAGAAACUGUAAUGUUAAGGUGCCACUGCCUGGAGGAAAAUGCUGUUAGUAGGAGUGUCAUUGUGGGUUUCGUACUAUGGUAAGGCUGGAUGGUUUGUUGGGGUAACGGAACCGUUGACGUUGAGUGAUCAACCUAGCUUCAGAUGAAGUCAUAAGUGUUAGUGUUAAGCCUUAUAAAAUAAAAACAUCAAGUUUCACAGUACUGUUGUGUUGCUUUAAGUUCCAUCUGUGCGUUGAGUUCCUC